AUUUGUGGUGGAUUUUUAUAAAAUUCCCAGUUUUAGACAGAGCACCGAAAAACCGCAACGACAUUUUCGCAAUCUAGGGAAGACUUUUCGACUUUCAAAGUUUUAACCCCGAUCGGCAGUUCAACAUCCAGAGAUAAACGGGUCUAAUUUAAUUUAAAAUUAUAAAAAAAAUGGACUUUGAGCCUUAAAACUGAACUUAGAACUAUAACCUAAAAAUAAUACUGUCACUGUCAAUGUCGAAUAUGUCAAAAAAUAUAAAACGUCACAAAAUUAUAUUAAACGCUAACUUCAUGCCAAUGAUUCAUAAUUCCUAUUCGUCGAUCCACGUGGUCCACAAAAUCUUCUGUUUUUUCUAAAUGUCAUUUGCUUAUCUCCGCUACUUCUAAAACUAGAAGUAAUAAAAGAAAAAUAUUUAUUUUCACUUUCUAAAGGGUUUACAACCGAAAGGAUGGCUGAAUCAGGCGAAACGUUAUCCAAAAAGUAAGUCAAACCGCUAUUAUCCCCUUACUUACUCAAGCCUUAAACCUAACCUAAAAGAUGAUGCAAACUUUUCGCCUAAUAAGCAGGCGUUUCGCAAUAAAUAAAGGAUUACCAGAAGCUACCAAAAGCGAGCUCAAGAGGCGAAUGAAAGCCGAGCAAAAAGCCAAAGAGAAGGCCGAGAAAGCCGAUAAAUUGGCGCAGCAAGUUGUCCAAAAACCCAAGGAGACCAAGGUAAACGAGGAAGAAAUCAGUCCCAACGAGUACUUCAAACUAAGAUCAACGGCCAUUGAAAAGCUCAAAAGUUUAGGCAAUGAACAUUCUCCUUAUCCGCACAAAUUUCACGUUUCUUCUUCGUUGGAAGAUUUCAUCGCCAAAUAUUCGGAUCUAAAGGAAGGCGAGGUUCGGGAAAAUGACAAACUCAGUGUUGCCGGUCGAAUACACGCCAUUAGAGAAUCCGGCCCUAAAUUGGUCUUCUACGAUUUACGAGGAGAAGGUACCAAAAUCCAGAUUAUGGCCAACGCUAGGUACUACGAAGACGAAACCAAAUUCAUCGAAGAUACAGAAAAACUUCGGAGAGGAGAUAUAGUAGGCGUCGAAGGAGUCCCUACUAAAACCAAGAAAGGAGAGCUGUCGAUUUUGCCUUCGAAAUUGAAACUCUUGGCCCCUUGCUUGCACAUGUUGCCCCACCUGCACUACGGCCUCAAAGACAAGGAAACCAGGUUCAGGCAGCGGUACCUGGAUCUCAUAUUGAACAACAGGGUGCGCAAGAUAUUCGAAGUUCGCGCCAAAAUAAUCGCCUAUGUGCGCCGGUUCCUCGACGAAUUGGGUUUCCUGGAAAUCGAAACGCCCAUGAUGAACAUGCAACCGGGCGGGGCCAUCGCGAAGCCCUUUAUAACCCACCACAACGACUUAAACAUGGAUUUGUACAUGAGAAUAGCGCCCGAAUUGUACCAUAAAACCCUCAUAGUAGGCGGUUUGGACAGGGUGUACGAAAUAGGCAGGCAAUUUAGGAACGAAGGCAUCGACCUGACCCACAAUCCGGAAUUCACCACGUGCGAAUUCUACAUGGCUUACGCCGAUUACAACGAUCUCAUGGCGAUCACCGAAGAAUUGGUGUCCGGAAUGGUGCACAGUAUACACGGGAGCUACAAGAUCAUGUACCAUCCGGACGGUCCGGAAGGCGAAGCCGUCGAAAUCGAUUUCACGCCGCCUUUUAAACGAUUAUCCAUCAUUAACGUGCUGGAAAAGGAGCUCAACGUGAAAAUCCCGACUGAUUUAACCACCGGCGAGGCGCAGAAGUUGUUAAACGAUCUGUGCGUUAAGCACAACGUCGAGUGCACUCCGCCGAGAACCGCCAACAGGUUGCUGGAUAAGCUGAUCGGCGAGUUCAUAGAGGAGAAGGCCAUCAAUCCCACGUUUAUUAUAGAACAUCCGCAAGUCAUGAGCCCGCUGGCCAAAUGGCAUAGGUCCAUACCGGGUUUGACUGAAAGGUUCGAAUUGUUUGUGAUGAAAAAGGAAAUUUGCAAUGCUUACACGGAACUGAACGAUCCUGUGGUGCAAAGGGAGCGUUUCGAACAACAGGCGGCGCUGAAAGCUGAAGGGGACGACGAGGUGCCCCUUUUGGACGAAGAUUUUUGCAAGGCUCUCGAGUUCGGUUUACCGCCGACAGGGGGCUGGGGUAUGGGUAUCGAUAGAGUUGCCAUGUUUUUAACGGAUAACAACAAUAUUAAGGAAGUCCUGCUGUUUCCCGCUAUGAAGCCAGACGAUCCUAAUAAGAACAAGGACAAUGAAGCCGCAGGAGAUGUUGUUCAUAAGGAAUAAUGUUAGGUGUAUUUUCGAAGCACCUAAUUUUGUAUUUAUUGAUAAAUAAAAGUUUUCUUUGCAAUUUCGGAAGAUUGUAAUAAAUAAGUUACCUAAUUAAUCAAUAAUAACAAUAAUUUAUUUACAAUGAUUGUAUGGUUAGGUAUACACAAUUGAGCUAUGAAAUUGUAUAGUAAGUAUUUUAAUAGCAAUACAUAUAAAAAGCCCUAAUGUUAAAAGUACACCGAGUAUUUCGAAUUAAAUCUAGUUCCCUUUUUCGAACGAUUUAAGUACAGGAUGAGCCGGAGUGACAAAGUUCAAGACCUCCUUUAUUAGAUGCCGUGAAAAAAAUCCCGUACAACUUCUCCAGCAAACUCCUCUUGGUGUCCCUAAUUAUCGACGAAAUACUCAACUUUCUCAAAUUAACGCGACACCCUGUAUUCAUGUUAAAUUUUCUAAUUAGAGCUACCGGCAGUAAUCAUACAUCAUCGUUAUCGGUUUCCAAAGGAAUAGUGGAGUUGUAGUGCUCCCCUAACCUGUACAAAUGCCUGUGAUAGGUCAAUAUCAGCUCGUCUCCUUUGAACUGCUCGCCCUGCAAAGUCGGAGGCCCCGCGGCUUGGAUGACUUUAAUGGGGCACUUUAAGAUAUUCGACAGGGCCUUUAACUCUAAUUGACCUCCCCACAGUUUGGUCGUGGCUACGUCCUUACAGUAAUUUUCGAAUUGUUCUUCGCUAACUAUCUCGGAUUCGUCGAGUUCAUUGCACAUGAACGGAAGGAAAUCUUCUUUGUUCUGUCGCAUGAAAUCGGCCGUGGUUUUCCUCAAGUCGUUCACCGAUCUAGUCGACUUGCCUAGAAAAAUUUAAAUAAUGUAUACGAUUAAUCGAUUUCUAAAGGAUCGAGUUUGCAACCUGUUACUUGCAGUUGGUGAUUUACGGCCAAGUAUAAGCAAUUUCCAUCGGCUGGGAUGUUGUGCAGUUUUAAGUUCAUCGAUUUAAGUACUUGUUUGAUGGCGUUGGUUUCUAGAACUCUAGGGCCUUCUCGGUUCCUUUCGGAUUGUUCUUGUAUCCUUUUCUCGCGUUCUUUGGCUUCCGCUUCCUUUUUGUUCCUCCUUUUUUGGGCCCUGGAAGUUCUGGUACUGGUAUUGUUGUCUAAAAGUUCCUCUUGUUCUGGUUGCUCUUCAGUCUCAUUUUCUCGGUUUUCAUCUGUUUCUAUACUAUUUUCAGCUGGUGGGCACAAUUCGUCUAAUUCUUGCUGGUGUUUCUCGUUUAGUUCUAAUUCUAAUCUGGCUAUUUCCUCUGUAAUUUCUUUCUUUUUCUUUUUGUCGCCUUUAGGCGCGCUUUUCUUGAGCGAUUGUAUCUUCGCUUGCAGGUCUUUCUUCUCCUGCUUGUGCUUCUUCAGUAGAUCUUCUUGAGUCAAAUUGUCUCCUUCCAUUUUAGAUGAAGAUUCGAAAAUUAAAUUUAAACGU